AUGACUGUAGAGAAGAAUGCUAACAAGCGCAAGGCCUCUGCCCUAACGAUUACGGACCCGCCCUUGAAGAAAUCCAAAAGGUCGACAUUUAAAGCAGCUCAGGUCCAGGAUAAAGUCCCCAAGCCAAUACUGAAGAAGGCAAAAUCCACAGAGGUCUCCAAUGGCUCUUCACCCAAGUCAAUUCCUGUCAAAGUUGCUAGCGAGCCCGCGAGACAGAUCCUACCUCGAAAACGUGCUGCGGACUUUCUGAGCGAAGACGAAGGAGAAGAAUGCCAUGGCGAGAAAACAGAGAAAACCCACGUCACAGCUUCACCCGCAGCCUCAAGACCUAUGGGUGGCGAGGCGGAAAAACCAAGCAAGAACAAGCCAAAAAGGGCGGCUGAAGCUCCUGAAUCAGCGGUUCCUUCUGUCGCUAAGAUCACUACUACGAAACCCGAUUCCGGAGAAAAGCCUUUGAGUACCGGCAAAUCUAGCAAAAAGACCAAAGGUGUUACUGGUCUGCUUGAGGGAGUCUUCAGCCAAAUCGCCGAGGAUGAUGAGGAGGGAAGCGAAGGGGAAGAAGAUGACGACCAGACUGCUGCUUUCAUUCAGGGGUUUGAAAGCAGUGACGACGAAGACAUAUCCGGGGACGACGGGUUCGAACCCGGGAAGAACGUCCCAGCGAUCCCCGAUUCGAAGAAGGUGAAGAGGAAGCUGCGCAAGAUGAAGAAGAACGCCACGGAAUUGGAAGAGCCAGGCACCGUUUACGUUGGCCGUGUUCCGCACGGGUUCUACGAACACGAAAUGCGUGCCUACUUCUCCCAAUUCGGCCCCAUCACCCAACUACGCCCUCUCCCGCAACCGUACCACAAGGCAAAUCCAAGCACUUUCGCGUUUCUCGAGUUUCGCUUUCCGCCGUCCGUCGCCCAAAGUCGUCGCUGA